AUGGAAAAUCGCUCCCAUGUCGGCGUCGACUCCAUCUACCCCGACUUCUCCUCCCUACGCGAGUGCCACUAUGCGCCAGGCCACGCCAGUGUCAUGUGCUUCAUAUCCGAAGAGGGCAUUGGAUUUGAAAGGGAUCCGAGAACACUUCUAACCUCGGUCUUGGCCAGUGCGCCGCGUCUCCAAUUCAAAGUCGGAUUCGAAGUGGAAUUCCGCUGCUUGACGCCCGACGGGAAGGAUCUAGAUGACACCUUAUAUUCCUGGUGGACAACCACGGGAUUACGGAACCGUUGCGCGCCCAUCAUCGACGAUGUAGUCCGCGUUUUGCAGCGCGAAAACAUCGAGGUUUUACACUACUGUUCGGAGUCGGGCCUGGGGAUGUUUGAAAUAUCCACCGGCCCUCUGUCUCCGCUGGAAUCGAUUGACGCCUGGGUGUUUACGCGAGAAGCAGUCAAAUCUCUCUUUUGGGAACGCGGUAUCAUUGCCACGAUGUACCCUUCCCCGGUGGAGGUUCAUACGGGGAUUGGGGCCCACUUCCAUAUUUCCAUGACGUCGGACGUGGAGGGCGAUGAAAACGCGUUUUUGGCGGGGAUGCUAGAUCACUUAGGCGGAUUAUGUGCCCUGACGAUGCCGUUGGAAGACAGCUACAAACGCGUGACGGAUCGAAAGUCGGAAGCCGGUUGCUGGAUCGGCUGGGGUACCGAGAAUCGGGAUUUCCCAAUCCGCAAAGUGAAGACGGGACACUGGGAAAUUCGAUGCUGCGAUGCCACCGCGAAUAUGUAUCUGGUCGUGGCGGCGUUCAUCCACGCCGGGCUGGGAGGAUUGCGGACCGGAAAGCAACUGGUGUGGCAGGAUUUCAAUGGCAACCCAAUCGCACUGGAUGAGCAAACGAGGAGAGAGCUGGGAAUUACGCAGCGGAUGCCAUCGGAUCUCAGCGAGAGUCUGCGUGAAUUGGAGAGGUGGGAGGGAGGUGCGAUGAGCAAGUGUCUCCGCACGUUCUGCGAGAUGAAAAAACAGGAAAUCCGGGAUUUACGAGAGUUGUCGGAGGAAAAGAGGAUGAGGAUCAUGAUUAGACAUUUUUAA